UCCAAUUAGGAUAUUCUUUUAAUACUUCAAAUAAUUUAGAAUUUAAGUCUAAUAACUCGAUUAUCCCAUCCCUAACUGUAUUACCAGAAAAAGUCCUUAUUGAUAUUUUACAGCCCUUAUCUCUAAAUUAUAUUUAUAAGAAAAUACCUUUACAAUUACCCAAUUCAAAUAAUCCUCUUCUAUUAGUUUAUUAUGAAGCAAUAACCUCUAGUAGCGAUGCCUUACCUUUUUAUAAUAAAACUUCACUUGAAAAUAGCAUUAAUGUUACUAGCCCUUCUAAAAAUCAACAACAUUUUUUAACCAAUAAUAACCCUAUUAAGUAUGCAUUUGCUUGGAAAAGAAAAAUUCCAGAGUAUAAGUAUAAUGAGAAUAAUUCUGAUGCUGAUAGUGAGAUCAAUGAAAUUCGAAAACUGAUUAAGCUAAAGAAAAAAAAACUUAAAUCUCUUUUUGCUAAAUGCUUAUAUGACUUGGCUGGAAAUGCUUAUUUUUGA